CAUAUGACAACUUCACAACAAAAAUGUCUGACUGCUUUUCGGUGCGGUCAUUUUUUUAAAUCGUUUUACAAGUAUAAUAAAAGGUGUAUGUGUUUGCGUCAAAGCCUCAUCCAAGUGUGCAUCUGAUGAAGACGUUUUUGAAUUAAAACCAAGUCAGACGCAAACUAGUCAGUGAAUAUUUCACAACCCUCAUCAUGGAGCCCACAGCAUCGGGAAUAUUCUGUAACAGGAUGCUCAGCAUGGUGAACUCUGAAGACGUGAACGCCAUCAUUCAAGCUCAGAGACACAUGCUGGACCGGUUUGAGAAGACCAAUGAGAUGCUGAUCAACUUCAACGGACUGUCCAAUGUGCGCUUACAACAGAUGAAUGAACACUUUCUAAUGCACACCCGCACUUUAAUAGAGAUGAAGAAAGACUUGGACAGCAUUUUCAGACGAAUAAGGACUUUAAAAGGCAAGGUUGCGAAACAAUAUCCAGAGGCCUUCAGCAACAUCAAUGAAUGUUCCAACCUGGAGGAUGAUGAUGAAUUUGACCCCAUUCCUCCCAGCGUGGCCACCACCAUCACUACUACUGCAACGUCCGAACAGAGCACGGAGUCAUGUGACACAAGCCCUGAUGUUAUAUCGCCCGCCAUUAGCUGCUGUUCUGAAGACCCCUCUCAAGAGAACACCGGCACACCAACCUCUGACAGCCAUGAACAGCCAGUGUUACGGGACGAGGGGCCGGAUUCAGCUGACAUUUAG